UAAGAAGCCGUAAACGCAGAGGACCCACAGUUUCCUCAGUCGUUCUUCCUGAUAGUUUGUAACUGCUUUCCAGUUAUUCACUGCCAUGCCUGAGCCUGCCAAGUCAGCGCCGGCCCCUAAGAAGGGCUCCAAGAAGGCGGUGACCAAGGCGCAGAAGAAGGACGGCAAAAAGCGCAAGCGUAGCCGAAAGGAGAGCUACUCCGUUUACGUGUACAAGGUGCUGAAGCAGGUUCACCCUGACACCGGCAUCUCCUCUAAAGCAAUGGGCAUCAUGAACUCCUUUGUCAACGACAUCUUCGAGCGCAUUGCCGGUGAGGCAUCGCGCCUGGCCCAUUACAACAAGCGCUCGACCAUCACCUCCAGGGAGAUCCAGACGGCUGUUCGCCUGCUGCUGCCCGGGGAGCUGGCGAAGCACGCCGUGUCCGAGGGCACCAAGGCCGUCACCAAGUACACCAGCGCCAAGUGAGCCCUCCCACCGGAGACAAACAAUAUUUCUGGCUCAGCCUGCACCCCAACGGCUCUUUUCAGAGCCACUCACUCUUCCCAGGAGAACUGGCACUCACUUUUCUUAACUUACUGCGGGUAAGUACUAAUUUUUGUGCUCCAAAAACAAUUUACUUUUGCAUUUCCUUACUUUAAUUUUGUUCUAGAAGAGAUGUUGCACCACAGUAAUAAUGUAUGUUGCAGCAACGCUGGAGACAAUUUAAAGUAGGCUUAUGAAGAGGGAUUAGGUUUAUCAUUUGGCAAACUUUGUAAAGGAAAAUUAAAAACUCUUAUUCACCAACAAAAUCCACCUAUCUUUAAACGUGUCACCUUCUCAAGAUCUUUCUUUAGCAAUACCUUGGGCUUUUGGCCCGUCAUUUUCAUUUAUAACCUAGUAAUGAAGUCCUUGGCAAAUGCUAAUAGUAAGGAAAUAGUAGAUCAUCUUCAUCACUUAGACUUAAAUAUUCAGUUUCGGGCGGGUACUGGCUCUCCUACCCGGUGCCUGGGCCUGGGCGGAAAAGAAGGCGGAACCGAAUCCAAAUAGUCUCUUCCUCAAUCAGCUGAGAAGUCCGUACUGAUGGCCAAUUCAAACGUCACGCGGGCAGUUUAAAUUUGUUCGUCGGUUUCUCUUUUGUCUUGAUUUUGGAUUCACAUUUGAGGGUUCUGCACAGAACUGUGCGCUCUAGGGGAUGCUGCUUAUUUUACUCAUUCCCAUCUGUGAGUGAAAUUCCUCAUGGGCUGGGUUCCCAGCACCCCCUUUUCAACAUUUUACACCAAGUUUAUUAUUUGAGAAGGAAUUACUAGUUUGUGAGGAAAGGUCUUAAAAGAUCACUUUCCUUUCAGGUUCUACUCCAUGUUUUCUUUCUCAUUGUCACUAUUGCAUUUAGUGUUUUUUAAUUGAAAGAAAUUUCAAAAGAAAAUUAGAAAAUAGAGCAGGGGAAGGGCUAUUCCUUGCUGCCACACUUACCUCAGGAAAUCAGUCUGUCGCCCAACUUAAAGCCCUUAGGAAUGGCAAAUUUAAAACUCUUGGCCUUUGCCAGGAACCAGCAUGGGACCACUUCUCCACAUGGAGUCGUAUUUGCAAACGAUUUUUGAAGAUAACCUUUAUUCAGUUGGGGUACUCCAGUACCCAGUAAUUUCAUUAAUGAGUUUACGUGAGAGAAUAUUCUGCACACAUGCAACAAGAGACAUACAAGAAUGUCCAGACCAGUGCUGUUCUUAAUAGGAAAACACUAGAAACAACCACAUGUCCAUGGCCAAAAGAACAAAUACAUUUAUUGAGGUGUAUUCACACAACGAACUAUCACACAGCAGAGGAAAUGAUUGAACUAGUCUCAUUGUAUGGUUGAAUUUCAGAAACAUAAAGUGUCAGAAGGUUCAAAUAUGAUACCAUUGUUAAAGCUCAAACAAAACCAGCUUUUCUAUUGUUUAGGCAUAUAAAAAAAGAAAUGUGUAUGUGAUUAUAAAAAUUUCUUAAAAGAGAGAGCUUAAUACAUAAAAAAAUCACCUCUGUGAUAAAGGUAGAGCGAGGGGGUGGGGAAAAGCACAGAGGUAAAUACAGGUUGUUGGCAAUAUUCUAGUUGGGGUUAGAAGUUGGAUCAUGGGUAUUUGAUAUAAUUUCCUUAAUACUUUAAAUGUAUGUGACAUAUUCCUUUUAUAUAUCAAACACUGUUUUGAAAUCAAUAGAGAGGGAAAGAACUCUUGUAUAAAAACAAGUUCCAGGUAUCAUCUAGUUUGUCAUAAAGGAAAACAAAUAAAUAAGAACACAAAACAUAACAGUAUUUCCCUAGAUAAUACUGAUUUAUUUUAGAGAAAAGGAAGAGCAGAUAAAGAAGAAUGGCAAGCCAUGAAGAAGGCCUGUGUUCAGAAAGCUCAAGGUUUUGGCUAUACUUUUAGUCAAAAGCCAGUCUCCAAAAAACCCUGCUCCUGAGUCUACAGACUAAGGCCACUGGACCAAGAGUAUUGGUUCCCAAGAAGGGUUUGGAGGAUCCUGAUAGGACUCCAUUUCACUUGUUUCUUCACUGCAUUUGGUGUAAUUGAAUCUGCAUUUAGUACAGAAUUGAUAGAAUUUGUACUUCAUGAAAUCCACUUAAUUACAUGCUCUUCCCCCUGCUUCCCCUCCUAUCUAUAUUCUAGCUUAUUUUCCACCCCUCUUUCAAAUCUCUGCUACUAUGAUGUAUUUAUAAAAAUAUAAAUUAAACUUACAUUUUGGACUACCUGGGAUGCUCCAAUGACUUGAAAUUGUCAGCAGGAAAGAUGUCUAGAAAAAUAUGGUGUGUGUGUGUGUGUGUGAUUAAAAUCUGUAUGCAGAACGAAGGGAAGCGUAGCAGAGGGAAUUCAUGGCCUUUCCAUACAAGGUUUACAAAGCAGGUCCUAGCUAACUCUUCAUUGUUUAAAGAGGCAAAAUUCCUAAAAGAAAAAGGAAAAAACUCACAGAUAAUAUGCAUCAUUUGCACCUUGCUCUGUUGUUGAAACAAUCUAGAUCAAUCUGCCAUUGCUAGUCAGUCUUGGGGAAAUUGAUUUAAACUAAUCCAAAUCAGAAUGUCACUCUAUUGUUUUAAACUUGGAUUUAGACCUAGAAACUUGAAGGAUUCCCAUAAAUUGCCUGAAGUAAUUU